UUUCCCUUCCGAGGCUCCUCGGGCGGGUGGUAGCGGGUCGGGUCCCCCUCGGCCGGUCCUCGGACCGCAAGGCCUGCGGCUCCGGUGGGCACCGGCCGCCCGCCGGGCCUCUGGAUCCAUCCGAGGGGCACAUCCUCGAAAGCUUGGGGCUCGACGCCCCGGGGCGGGUGUGGCAGCUGCAGGCCCGUCUCCUAGAUACAUUCCUCGAGGGCAGGACGGUUUCUCCAGGGCCUGGCACGUGAUCCUUGAAGACAGGGCGUUUGACAGUCUGCCUCAUGGUGUGUGUACUGGGACAGAACAAAUGCUUGCAUACAGAAUACGGCCUCUGUUCAAGGCCAAGAGCUUACGAUUCUGUGUCAGCUGAAGAUAGUCUCUCGAGAAGGUUCAGAUCCCUGUCUGCUGGACGGCAGAACCAGCAGAAGCUCUGAGAUCACAUCUCGUUGGCUCUGAGUGGAUCAUGUGCCCCAAGCCGCUCUAAGACAGCCCUGGUUCCCGAGGCCUGGUGCCCUUGUGCAGGGCUCGACCUCCACAGCUGGACAAAGCACGUGCCGGUCCCUAAACCAGCCACUGAGGCCGGGAUAGGUAGUCCUAGAGGCCCCCCAGUGACCCUCAGACCGGCAGAAUGCAUGACUGGCACAGGAUCUUUGACCAAAACCUGCUGGUCCCUCCCCACACGCAGAGAGCACGCCAGCCUCUAAAGGAAUCGAUGGCAUUUCAGUGUGUCCUGAAGUGCCUUGAUGGCCCGCUAAUUAAGCAGGGUGUGCUGGAGGUGCUGUCAGAGGUGGGCUGCCACCUGCGAGUGUCCCUCUUUGACGUGACCUACCGACACUUCUUCGGGAGGACGUGGAAGAGCUCGGCGAGGCCCCUGGAGCCGCUCUGCAGGCAGCCACGCAGGAUCGUCUUCAGUGAGCCCUUCUAUUUUCACACGUCUUUGAACCACCCUAAUAUCGUGGCCGUGGUGGAAGUGGUGACUGAAGGCAGGAGACGGGACGGGACCCUCCAGACUUUGUCCUGUGGGUUUGGAAUCCUUCGGAUCUUCAGCAACAACCCGGAAUCUCCUACCUCUGCCCCCCAGGACAAACGGUUGAGACUGUAUCACGGCAGCCCCCGAGCCCUCCUGCACCCGCUCCUCCAGGACCCCAUAGAACAAAACAAGCACAUGACCCUCAUUGAGAACUGCAGCCUGCAGUACACGCUGAAGCCACACCCGCUCCUGGAGCCCGUGUUCCACCUUCUUCCCGAGAACCUUCUGGUGUCUGGUCUGCAGCAGAUCCCUGGUCUCCUUCCAGCUCAUGGAGAAUCGGGGGACACCCUCCGGAAGCCUCGCCUUCAGAAAUCUCUCACGUGGUACCUGGACGAUUUGUUCUUCACGAUGUAUCCCUCCCUGGAGAAGUUUGAGGAGGAGCUUCUGGAACUUGUGAUCAGCGAUCAUUACCGGGAGGCGGGCAGCCUGCUGGACAGCGGUGCCCUGGAGAUCUUGGAGCGGCGCCUGUGCGUGGGCGUGCACAACGGGCUGGGCUUCGUGCAGAGGCCACAGGUGGUGGUGCUGGUGCCUGAGCUGGAGGUGGCCUUGACGCGCUCUGCCAGCUUCAGCCGGAAAGUUGGCGCCUCUUCGAAGGCCAGAUCUGGAAACCACACUCUGGUCUUGAGAAGCCGCCUCCAGCUCCCUGAGAUGGUCUGUCACCCCGCGUUCACCAUCGUCUUUCAGCUGGAGUACGUGUUUAGCAGCCCUUCGGGAGCGGACGGCAACGCAGCUUCGGUCACCUCCUUGUCGAACCUGGCGUGUAUGCACAUGGUGCGCUGGGCUGUCUGGAACCCCGUGCUGGAAGCCAGCUCCGGGCGGGUGACGUUACCUCUACAGGGUGGGAUCCAGCCCAACCCUUCGCAUUGUCUGGUCUAUAAGGUACCCCCAGCCAGCAUGAGCUCCGAAGAGGUGAAGCAGGUGGAGUCGGGGACAGUCCAGUUCCAGUACUCACUGAGCCCUGAAGGACACCCGGACACGCCCGUGGAGCACGCCAUUCGCCCCAAGGCAGAGCAGCGGCCUUCCAGGAAGCCACCCACCUCCCCUUCAGGCCUGCCAGCACCACCGCCCCGGGGGCUCACCACCCUGCAGGACUCGCCAGCGGGACCAGGGCUGUCGCUUUCCCAGCUGGCGGCUUCCCCACAGUACCCAGCUCAGCACCGCUCGGCCGAAGCCUCCUCAAAGCCACCGGGGAGCCCUGUGCUCUCCCUGGCCCCGGGGGAGUUCCCCUUGGAGGGCAGGAUCUCCCACCUGGAAGCUGACCUGAGCCAAACGGCCUUGGUCCCGGGCACGUCCACUGCUGAGCAGUUGCAGGAGCUGCCUUUCACACCUGUGCACGCCCCGAUCAUCGUGGGAGCCUGGACCAGGAGCUCUGGAGGGAAGCCGUCACGAGCCUCCCUAGCGCUGCUGCGGUCUGCCGGCUUUCCCGAGAUUCUGGACGCCCAUAAACAACCAGCCGAGGCCGUGGAUCCUACAGAUCCCGUGAAGUUCAACCCUCAGAAGGAAGAAUCAGACUGUCUGCAAAGCAACGAGAUAGUGCUACAGUUUCUUGCCUUUAGCAGGGUGUCCCAGGACGACCAGGCAGCGCCGUGGCCACAGACUGUGUAUUUCACCUUCCAGUUCUACCGCUUCCCCCCCGAGACGACGCCGCGGCUGCAGCUGGUGGAGCUGGACGAGGCCGGGAAGAGCAGCUCGGCCUCCCUGCCCCACCUCCUCGUGCCGAUUCACAGGGACGGCUCCUUUGAUGCGGGGUCUCCGGGCUUUCAGCUGAAGUACCUGGUGGACCCUGGAUUCCUGAGACCCGGGGAGCAGCGCUGGUUCGCCCGCUACCUGGCCAUGCAGACCCUGCAGAUCGACAUCUGGGACGGAGACUCCCUGCUUCUCGUCGGAUCCGCCGCCGUUCAGAUGAAGCACCUCCUCCGCCAAGGGCGCCCAGCCGUUCAGGUCUCACAUGAGCUUGAGGUCGUGGCGACAGAGCACGAACAGGGCACCAUGGUGGUGAGUGGAGACGUGACCAGGUUUGGCUGCGUCAAGCCCAUCAACGUCCACACGGUGGUGAAGGGCCGGCUGCACCUGACCUUGGCCAACGUGGGUCACUUGUGUGAACGGAGAGUGGGGAGUCCCAGCUCACUGCCACCUUCCAGGUCACGGGUCAUCUCGAAUGAUGGAGCCAGCGGCUUCCCGGGAGGUGGCCUUCUCACGCCCGGAGCUCCCAGACCAGUGAAAAAUGUGGUCCAAGCGCAGAAGCUGGCCGACGUGGACAGUGAGCUGGCCGCCCUGCUCUUCACGCCCCCGUGGCAGGGGACCCGGCGGGCCCAGGGCGCCGGCCGUGAGGGGGACGCCGUGCGCAGGCGCAAGUUGGAGCGCAUGAGGGUGGUGCGCCUGCGGGAGCGCGGAGCGGAGCCUGGGCGCUGCGGGCUGGGCGCGCUGGCCCAGCAGAGCAUCCGUGCCCGGCAUGCUCGGGACCUGCAGCUCAUCGCCGCCUACCGGGAGCGCACCAAGGCCGAGAGCAUCGCCAGCGCGCUGAGCAUGGCCGUCACCACGCGGCACACCAUCCGUGCCAUGCUGGGCACUGCCGAGUUCUUCGAAUUUGCUCUCAGGAACCCCGACAACACGCAGCACACCGUGACCAUCGCGAUCGACAGCGCUGAGCUCAGCCUCAUCCUGGACGGUCGGGAGUGGCGGUACUUCAAAGACCUGGUCGGCCUGCACACGCCCCUGGAAGAGGACAUGUUCCACCCGCGGGGCAGCCCGGCCCCCCAGCUCUUCCUGCGCCCCCGGGAGACGGUCCACAUCCCCUUCAAGUUCCAGACCUUCUCUGCGGGUCCGCGGGCCUCGGCGCAGGCCUCUGCUGAGCUGAGACUCGAGAAGGACACGGACGCUGGGUCACCUCGUAAGUCCAGCACGAUGCCCACCAGACACGCCAAGGUUCUGUUCCGCUCAGGCAACGGCACACCUCUCGCCGUGCUCUGCCUGACCGUGGAGCUGCAGCCCCACGUGGUGGACCAGGUCUUCCGCUUCUACCACCCGGAGCUCACCUUCCUGAAGAAGGCCAUCCGCCUGCUGCCCUGGCACACGCUUCCAGGUGCUCCCGUGGGGAUGCCUGGUGAGAACCCCCCGGUCUACGUACGCUGUAGUGACCCGAAUGUCAUUUGCGAGACCCAGAACAUGGGCCCCGGGGAGCCACGAGAUGUGUUCCUGAAGGUGGCCAGUGGUCCCAGCCCGGAGAUCAAAGACUUCUUUGUCACCAUUUACGCCCUCCUCCGGGCUCCUCCCCCACGGUUGGUGUACUGCCCUCGCCUGACCGUGAGUGGCUUCUGCCCGCUCAGGGACCGCUGGCUGGCGACGCCCGUCCAGACCUGGCAGGUCCACCUCCACUCCCUGCAGCGCGUGGACGUCUCCUGCGUCACAGGCCAGCGGACCCGCCUGGCCCUUGUCCUUCGGGGGAUGCAGACAGUUAGGAAAGUGAAGGCUUUCAGCUCCCACCCCCAGGAGCUGACGACGGACCCCAAAGGCGUCUUCGUGCUGACCCCUCACGGGGUGCAGGACCUGCACGUGGGCGUGAGGCCCCGCAGGGCGGGCAGCCGCUUCGUGCACCUCAACCUGGUCGAUGUGGAUGCCCACCAGCUGGUGGCCUCGUGGCUCGUGUGCCUCUCCUGCCGCCCACCCCUCAUCUCCAAGGCCUUUGAGAUCACACUGCCUGCCGGGGGCGGGAAGGGUGCCAACAAGCGCAUCACCUACACCAACCCCUACCCCUCCCCGAGGGCCUACUGCCUGCACAGCGACCACCCACGCCUGCUGCAGUUCAAGGAGAACGCCUUCCAGGUCGGGGGAGGUGAGACCUACACCAUCGGCCUGCGGUUUGCGUCCCGUCAGAAGGCCGGGGAGGAGGAGAUUCUGAUUUACAUCAAUGACCACGAAGACAAAAACGAGGAGACGUUUUGCGUGAAGGUCAUCUACCAAUAAAGGAGCGGCGGGGGCCGUCCUGCUGCUGUUCGGGGUCAGGCUCCUGUCCCGGAGCUCGGCACCAUGGACUUGGCCGAGGCGGGGGGUCGCCGUGCCCCAGGCCGUUUGCGGUGCUCCCACCCAGUCAGGCUGCUGCCAGUACCAACUGCGUAGCAGCCCCACGGGAGUCCUGACCGUGAACGUGCGCACCCGGUGUACCCGGGGCCCGUUUCUCUCUGCGGCACACGGGGGAUUGUCACCGUCUGUGACGUUAGGAUUUACUGUCAGCAAAAUGUAUUUUCUGAAUCAUUUAAAAUGAUAAAAUUAUGUUUUUAAACUGAGUUUUAUACAAACACUGUAUUAUUUGCCAUGUAAUGUUUUUUAUGCUGGUAU